AUGCAAAAUCUGCCAAUAGAUUGCGUGAACAAGCUUGUGAAAGCAUCUAUACUCAACUGGGAUUGUUGCAGAUUCGUUGAUUAUGGAUUGAAAUUCGAUGCUUAUGCAAGGUCUAAUUCGGUCAAAUUCAAAAGGGCAUACGGUUUCCGCAACCUUCGUUCGCCCAAUGCAAUGUGUGCUAGUUCCGGUAAUAACAGUGGAAGGGAUGCAGUUGGACUUGAUUCAAAAUGGGGCCAGAAGGAGAAAUUGGUGUGGAUAUGGACUGAGAACAAAGAAGUUAUGACCAUCGCCGUGGAGAGAGGCUGGAACACUUUCGUUUUCUCCUCGAAUCAUCGAGACCUUGCUGAUGAAUGGUCAUCAAUUGCUUUGCUAUGCCCGCUUUUCGUCGAAGCCGGAGAAGUUUUGGACAGCGAGGAUAAUCGAAUUGCGAGAUGGUAUGACAUCGCCUCUCCUCAGCAAUUAGAAAAGCUCCAACAAGUGGAUCAUCUGGCUGAGAAUGUUGUUGUUAAUCUUUUAGACUGGCAGGUGAUACCUGCUGAGAAUAUUGUUGCAGCUUUUCAAGGUUCUGAAAGGAAAGUGUUGGCCAUCUCCAAAACACCAUGUGAAGCACGUAUGUUUCUUGAGGCCUUAGAGCUCGGCUUAGGUGGUGUGAUCUUAAAAGUUGAGGAUCCUAAAGCCGUUUUGGAUUUGAAGGCCUACUUUGACAGAAGAACUGAAGCAGCGAAUCAACUGAACUUGAGUAAGGCCACUGUCACCAAAGUGCAAAUGAGUGGAAUGGGAGAUCGUGUUUGUGUGGAUCUCUGUAGUCUCAUGAGACCUGGUGAAGGCCUUCUGGUUGGCUCAUUUGCUAGAGGGCUCUUUCUAGUGCAUUCGGAGUGCCAAGAGUCUAAUUACAUUUCUAGCAGGCCUUUCCGAGUUAAUGCCGGCCCAGUACAUGCCUAUGUUGCAAUUCCGGGGAACAAGACUAGCUACCUCUCUGAGCUAAAAGCAGGAAAAGAGGUGCUUGUGGUUGAUCAAAGGGGUAUGCAACGAACUGCUAUUGUUGGACGUGUGAAGAUAGAGACUAGGCCAUUAGUCCUUGUUGAGUCGAAGAUAGAUUCAGUAGAUCAAACUUAUAGCAUUCUCUUACAGAAUGCUGAAACGGUUGCGUUAGUUUCCCCUGCUGGAGGACGAGGAAACCUAGGCACUGCCAUUCCUGUAACAUCACUCAAGGUUGGAGAUGAGAUUCUUGUAAGAGUACAGGGAGGUGCCCGGCACACGGGGAUAGAAAUAGAAGAAUUCAUUGUGGAAAAGUAA